GAGGCUCGCGAGCUGCAGGACUCGCAGGGCACCGAUGGAUGGACAAGGCUUUGGUGGAGCUGAUUAGUUAUUCUUCUGGCUCGAGGGGAACAAGGAGCGACGACUAAGAUGGGAAGGUAGUUGUCGGCCUCCGUUGGCAUUGCCUGGGACAAGAUAAGCCAAGGCUGUAUUCUUUCGACGCGGAGAACAUGGUGUUCAUCUCCGAGUUCCUGGGUUCUCACCAACUUCUGCAGGAGAGCCUGUUUGCCGGCGUGGUGAGCCAGGAGAUCGCUGGCAAGCUGGGGGAGUUCAUGGGGCUCCUGCACUCGCGCACCCACAGCAGCCGCGUGUCCUCCGCCGAGGCCGCAGAGCUCGCGGCCGACUUCUCGAACGACGCACUCCGGGCCAUCCAGCUGGAGUACGUGUUCUCGAAGUGCUUCCGCGAGGACGACCGGGCGGCAGACCUGCGCGCGGACGCGGCCUUCAUGGGUGCUCUGGAGGAGCUCAAGGGCGCCUACCGUGGCCAGCAUUUGGACGACCUGGCCCUGCUCCACGGCGACCUGCACGCCGGCAGCGUCAUGGCCGACACGGCGGCCGGCGGCGUCAAGGUCAUAGAUCCCGAGUUCUGCAUCUACGGGCCGCCCGGCCUCGACGUCGGUGGGCCCCCGAGAUUUUUGGCACAUCGCUCGGGCGCGUGCACGCUCGUUUUCUCGGCGAGGCUCCGCGCCGGAAGAUCUGGAUCAUCCUGGAGUUGGGCGGCGAGUACGUAGGGGGGGUGCGAUCCAGGGGGGGUGAAGAAAAGAGCGGGAGGUGCACCUCUUGUGCCUCCAAAGGGGCGCCCCAGGGCCCAGAAGGGGCACCACAGGUGCACGUUUCUCCCCCCUCCCCCCCCCACCCCAUCCAUCGCCGCCCCGUGAAUGAACGCCC